CGGCGCCGGUGUGUGGAGGCCUUAAUGCAAAUUGACGUUUGCGGAUUUUUUGACUUCGCAAUAUACCCUAGAUUUGAAACGAAUACGGAUAUCGAAAUUCCUUCAUUCUCUCUCACCGCUAAACCCAAGUACCUGAAAGUCACCCCCUCUCGCCAAUAACGCUGAUCUGGAGCAUCCCGGUGCUGGCGUUCUGUCGUGAAAUGAUAACGCCCGGGAACGAAACGAAGGCGAAAUACAAGAACGAGUUUGCCCGCCUCUUUUGUCUCUCCUGGGCUCCCGUGUGUUGUGGUUGACCAGGAAGAACACAGUUAGGCUGGUUAGCUGCGUGAUGUUCGAACAUACAACUUGCUCGGUAUUGUAAAUCACGUCUAAAUUUAGUUUAAGUCUUCAUACGGUUACAGGUUUUUCAAAACAUGCUGUUAGCUCUCAAGAUAAAAUAGCUAUUUGACCGUAUUAAUCCAAGGAUACGGAGGUAAGGGUGCGAAGCGAUGUCCACAAACAGGUGAACACCACCUCUUAUCAUACAGACAUGAUCGGCUGCCUCUUCAACCAUCCUCACAGCUGACUGAAAACCACCUCUUAUCGCACAGAGAUGACUGCUGUGAGGGACGACGAGCCUGACUCCCCAAGAUGUAGACGUUUUGUGAUUCAUUGGCCAAGUGGACCAUGCCAAUGAUCCUGUUCGCCUUCGUGGUCCGGCUGAGGGACGGCCUCCCCCUCUCAGCCUCCACGGACUUCGCGCACAACCGAGAACUCCAGGAGAGGAAGCAGCAGCUCAGGAAGAUGAGCAAGUCACUGAGCCGGUUCCCCGAGAGAGGGACGGUCAAGGGCCAGGACCUAAAUAUAUACUUCGUUUCUUCGGAGGGAGUGUCCUAUAUGGCCGUGUGCCACCGCGGCCUCUCUGUAGUCAAGGCCUUCUGUUUCCUGGAGGACUUGUGCUGGGCAUUCAAGGCGUGUUUCGAUGGCAAGGCGAUCAGCCUAGCUGCCCGGCCAUAUCCCUUUUUGGAGUUUGACGGCAGUAUUCAGAAGCUAAAGCAGCAAUACAACCAGAUCGGGGGUGGCCCGGCGCUGGAGAUCACGUUGGCUGAGGUCCAGGAUGACUUAAAACGACGGCCUCCAAAAGCGCUAACCAUAGAGGAGUUGGAGCUAGCCCAGGAGCUCGCCAACGGGCAUUUGGAGCACGGCCCUGGGUCUGGUCAGACUGUGAGACUUGAACCAGUGGCUCCAGCAGGCAUCCUAUCCCUGGUCCUCAACAUCGUGUGUGCCUCUCUGAACCUCGUCCGGGGCGUCCACCUCAUGGAGAACACCUUCCAGGACGACUAUGACGCACUAUGGAGUGUGGUGGCGUUUCUCCUGGCGUUUGUGCUAUGUCUUUUUCAGUGCCAGCUCUAUCUCUUCCACUCGUCAUACAAGAGGCUAAAGGCGCUCUCUCUGCUGGGCGUGCUGGUGCUGUGCAAUGCGUUCCUGUUUGGCCUGAGGAACUGCUGGCAGCUGCUGUUCCACACAGUCGUGGCCUGUCUCUCCACCGCCCUCAUCCUGUCCCGCAAGCUCCUGGACCGGAGCAACGACUGUGGGGUGUGAGGGAAGUCUCUCUCUCUGUCUCUGGCUCUGUCUCUGUCUCUGUCUCUGUCUCUGUCUCUGUCUCUGUCUCUCUCCGUCCCGGUCAGGUUAAGUCAGUUACUGAAGGGAAAACUGGCCAAAUCAAUUACGUAGACCACUUUUAAUUGUCAUGAUAUAGGGAUUAAUGCUUAAAGGAGUGGAAUUCAGUACUUCUUUUGGACUUACAGGAAGCUGUUGCACUUUGAAUACUAUAAUAUAAUUUUCUUUGCUAAGACCAAGACAUUUAAAGAGCAAGACAUUUUAAGGGAUUUUUUAUUUAUUUUUUCUUAGCAAUAUCAUUAGCUGUAUAUCAUUUCAAAAUAGAAAGGUAAAGACAGGUUAAUGACUACUGAGCUUUAUAUGUGAAGUAGGGAAAUGCUUGUUGAUUACCACAGCUUUGAGGAUACAUUUAGACUUUACUUUUUUACAGAGGUUGGUGUUACAUCUAUAGACUUUAUCUAAAUUCAACUCUGAACCAAAGUUUUAGACUCGAAGGAGACCCUUUGUGCUAUCUUAAUCCUUACAAUUGUUCAACCUGUAGAAGACAUUCUCAUGGGUUUAUUCUGGGUAUUAUUUUCUAUAUAUAUAAUGUAGGUAAUAUUGUAAUAUUGUAUUGACAUUUCGUUAUGGACGUAAUGCAUUCUCCCUAUGUUUGGGUAUUUUAGUUCCUGCUGAAGAACAAUAGGCUCUGGUAUUUGGGAGCUGGGCUGCUCUCUCUAAACACUCAAGUCUUAAAUCUAUUAGAGACAAGGGGAUACUUGCUGAUCAACAAAUCAUUUUCCAUAUUAUUGACAUCGCCCAUUCAUAACAUUGAGAGUUUAAUGAACUCCAAAUGAUUAGGCUGUUUCGAAUACUUUGUUUGAAAACAAAAAUGGGGAUUGUUUAAUAAUUCAACGCCUGCUUCCAGUCAGUUAUACAUCUGUGAUAUAUAUUAUCAAAUGUUUAUUAUUUUAUUAAUAUAAGUACUGUGGAGUUUUUGAUGAGUGUCAAAAUGAAUGUCCAAAUUCUGCACUACCGAUUUUGUUAUUGGUUGUAUUUUGAUUGAAUAUUUGCUUUAUGUUUUGCUACUGCAGUUGAUCUUAAGUGGGGUAGAUAUUGGAAUAUGAUGAGGGCAUGUUCAUUCAGUUUUAAAUAUAGUGUUCCUCAGAGGUGCAUGACCAGGCAAAAAUGUUUUUUAUUUGUAAUAAUAUGGCUGCUGAUGAAUGUGGAACAAUUGGUUGAAUGUCUAAUCUAUUUUCAGUUUUAGUAGAAAUGUGCCUAAACGCUGUGCAGUGUGAAGAGGGCGUGUGUAUGUGUAGCAGAGAAGCAGAUGACGGAGAGAGGCUGUUGUGUGCUCACAGCAGCCACCAUGUUGUUGCUGUCCUUCCUGUCAUAACUUUAUUUUUCAAAUGCUCUUUCAUAACAAAUGAAGAAUAACACAUGAUCAUGAGAAAAGGCCAUCCCACGAAUGGAUGGCCUUCAGACAUAGCUUACUAGCUUAUAGUUCAGUCAUGUCAUUGUUUUGGAAGUUUUUCUAUCGAAAUGUCAUUGUAUAUAUUAAUACUUACAUUCUUAAACACAAGAUGUUUAAUCAGAAGAAUUGAACAUAAUGCCCUGUUUUGUCUAAAUUAUUUGUUUUUCAACUAUAUAAAAGCAAGUCUUUUGUAACAAUUUCAUAUAUGUGAUCUUGUAUAGUGAUCAGUGCAUCUUUGAUGCUGAGUUUUUUUUCUCGAAGAAAAAUGCAAAAAGCGGGGAGAUUGACAAAAUAUGUAGACUGUGGCUUUCACUACCAACAUGAUUUUUAUGACCUAGUGAAAGUUCAGUAAAUAUUAUAAGAUUGUAUGUUCGGGAACACUGGAGACUGCACUGUUUAAUUUUGUUUAUUUUUGGGAUGGUACAUACCUGGCCACAGUACUGGGUCUAAAACAUUGUCCGCAUAUCAGGUGCUAGGAUUUGAUUUGUUUUGUUAUUUUGAUGCCUUCUGUCUUAAAGCCAUACGGCAGGACAUUCUUUCCUGUUCAAUUUUAAAAAUAACUCGUACAUUUGAUUAUUCAUUGGAAUUUCUGGAUAAAGUAUGUCUUACGCUUUGGUAAAACUGACAUUUAAUUAAUAAAUAGAGCUUUUUAAUUUGCUGUUUUAUCAUUGGAUUCUGUAAAAAUCUUCAUCAUCUUAGCCCACCCCAAUUAAAAAUAAUCAUACAAUUAUACCCUUGCCUAAAAUGUAAAGAUAUGAAGACUUGUGGUACUAACUUAAUUCUCUCUGCGGUAGGCCUACAUUUUUCAUUGACUGACAUUGACCUUUCAUUAUUUCGCUUCUACGUCAGUACAGCCCAAACUACAGUAGUUUUGGAUUGAACCUUUACACAGAGUUUGCCAACCACAGAAAUAAUGUAGUCUCAAAUUGUUGGGUUGAUCAACGUUAACCUUAUCUAUUCACUAAUGCAUUUCUGAUUUGUGAAAUUAGGGGGCGCCCUUACACUACCAGAGAUGUCAAGUUAGGGAAAUUCUUCAACGGAUCGGGGUUUGGAGAAGGAAAGGUCUAGGUGCUGCCAGUCCAUUGACAUUUGUGAUUCCAUUCAAUUUCACACAACAUUAUCAAGUUCACACACAUGGAUACGUGUGCUUCUUUGACAUUGAAAUAUAUUAAAUUAAAGGGAUACUUCACCGAUUUCGAACCGGCGUUGUAUCAUUAUAAAAUCGCUAUUGUAAUAUAAAAAAAAGUUUUUUUUCCCUCAGUCUAACCCAGUCUUCACUUGGCCCAGCUUUCCUGAUUUAAUUUUCUCCUGAGAUGACGUCAAAUGACGCGUUUGACGUCAUCUCAGUAAAACUUUGCUUGCCUGCUAGAAGCAUGUCGGGCCGAG